AUGUCUAGCGAGUUCUUUAACGUGCCGUUCCGCCAUAUUGCAUUCGGACAUCGAGAUGAGUUCCGCCAGCCCGGCGCUGUCAAGGCGGCGCUGGCCGAGUUCAUCAGUACCCUGAUUUUUGUGUUUGCUGGCGAGGGUUCCGGCAUGGCUUACAACAAAUUGACUGGGAAUGCUCCUAGCUCCCCAUCCGGCCUUGUGUCGGCAGCGGUGGCUCAUGGUUUUGCCUUGUUUGUGGCUGUUUCCAUCAGUGCUAACAUCUCCGGCGGCCAUGUCAACCCUGCUGUCACUUUUGGUUUGUUUCUUGGUGGAAACGUCUCUCUCUUCCGAGGUCUCCUUUACAUCAUCGCUCAGCUGCUGGGCUCUAUUGUUGCUUGCCUUCUCCUCUUGUUCUCAACUGGCGGACUGGAAACAUCUGCAUUUGCUUUAGGCGCCGGCGUGUCGGUGUGGAACGCCUUCGUUUUCGAGAUUGUGAUGACCUUCGGCCUGGUUUACACUGUGUACGCCACCGCGGUUGACCCGAAGAAGGGAGAAGUUGGCAUUAUUGCACCAAUUGCAAUUGGUUUCAUCGUUGGUGCCAACAUUCUGGCGGGUGGUGCAUUUACUGGUGCUUCAAUGAACCCUGCAGUGUCAUUUGGUCCAGCUCUGAUCAGCUUCACCUGGACCCAUCACUGGGUGUACUGGGCUGGACCUCUCAUUGGUGGUGGACUUGCUGGUAUUGUUUAUGAAAUCUUCUUCAUCAGCCAUUCUCACGAGUCCUUGCCCAGUUCAGAGUACUGA